GUGUGAAGUGGAGAUGCUGCUUUGGCAAAAAGCAUGAUCUAGAACUUCUGACAUCAACCAUGGAAGUAGCACUUUCCCCCAUCCUUCCACAAGAACCGAAUGCUGUUCCUACCGAUGUAUCCCCCAUGAUCAUCAAUACGACUCCUACAACCGAGCAAGAUGGUAGGGAAGAUUUUGAUCCUGAGCAACAAUAUGAAAAGCCUCCCCCUCUCCACACAGUUGCAGACUGGAAGAUUGUUCUCCACUUGCCUGAGAUUGAGACAUGGCUUCGGAUGACAUCAGAAAGAGUCCGGGAUUUGACUUACUCCGUGCAGCAGGACCUGGACAGCAAACACGUGGAUGUGCAUUUGGUACAACUGAAAGACAUAUGUGAAGAUAUCUCUGACCAUGUUGAACAAAUCCAUGCUCUUCUAGAGACUGAAUUUUCCCUUAAACUUCUGUCUUACUCGGUCAAUGUAAUUGUUGACAUCCACACAGUACAGUUUCUUUGGCAUCAGCUUCGAGUUUCUGUCCUGGUUCUGAGAGAGAGGAUUCUGCAGGGACUGCAAGAUGCCAAUGGAAAUUAUACAAGGCAAACUGAUAUUUUGCAAGCUUUUACAGAAGAAACAAAAGAGGACCGCCUUGAUUCUUUAACAGAAGUGGAUGACUCAGGACAGCUAACUAUCAAAUGCUCUCAAAAUUAUUUAUCCCUAGACUGUGGAAUUACUGCCUUUGAACUGUCUGACUACAGCCCGAGUGAGGAUUUGCUUGGUACUCUUGGGGACAUGACUUCCAGUCCAGCUAAAAUAACAUCCUUUGAGUCUUGGAGCUAUAGUGAAAUGGACAAAGCCUUUCCAGAACUUACUAGAAGUGUGGGAUUACUGGCUGUAGCAACAGAUUCAAGUGCUUCCAAAUGCAAUGAAAGUAUUAAUACAAAGGAAAUCCAUUUACCCUUGUCAAUUGAUCAACUGCAGGGGGACAGCCAAAGUUGCAAAGAAUCAUCAACUAUAUCUACUGAACUUUCACUCACUCAUCUUUUUGAGCACUUACCCUUUUGUAAAGUAGCUUCUGAGGAUUCGGCUGUCUCAUCUGGCCACAGGAAGGUCUUAGAAACAAUAAAACAGGAGCAAAAUCCAGUGUCCUUCAAUGGUGUAAAAACUAAUAAUCACCCUCACAGUGAAAACUCAACUCCCAAGAGGUCAAUUCAAGAUGGCAGUGACUACAAUGAGGAUUCACCCACACAGCCCACCUUGCCCAAGAGGGGCUUGUUUCUCAAAGAAGACAUAUUUAAAACAGAUAUUGUAGCCAAUGAUAUAAAAAAUCAGUUCUCUUUGAUUAAGACAGAAAUCAGUAAGAGCACACCCUCACUGCUUGAGCCACCAGACCGAUCCAAGCUUUGCCUAGCAUUACAAACAGCAUACAAUAAUUGCCCUUCUGCCAUAAGUCAGUCGUGCGAUUGUUUGCACAACAUAAGUGAACUCAAGUUUGCAAUUCAAAAUCAUUUCAAAGAAAAGUCCAUGGCUUUAAGUAAGUCAAGUGACAAUGCCAGAAGGCAGAAGCUGAGGUGCAAGAAGUCACAUGACAUUCCUGAGGAGGUGGCAUCCUGCAGGGUUUCUGAAAUGGUAUCAAAUACUACACCAAACAACCAGAUGAACAAAAUAGGCAUUCUGGCUUUACAAAAUGGAAUUUCUUCUGGCAGCAGGCACUCCAUAGAAGGAACAGAAAGUGACACAACAUCAACCUCUUCUGAACCUUACAAGCAAGAAGAACUGAAUGGCCAGUCUUGCAGUGAAAGAGAACCAUCUGCUUCACCCACUCAUAGCCAAGUCAGCAGCUUUUCAGCUGGAUCAGAUCCUGCUGUAUCUCCCUUCCCCCUUCUUCAAAGAAACAAGACUGAAAAGACCCAUUCACCUUCACCAAAUAAUACCAGCACAGAAAAUAAAAUGGGUGACGCCUGGUAUGGCUCUGAUGAAUACUUAGCUCUUCCAUCGCAUCUCAAACAGACAGAAGUAUUAGCUUUGAAAUUAGAAAAUUUGACAAAAUUGCUUCCACAGAAAUCUCCAGGAGAAACUCUUCAAAACAUCGAUGACUGGGAACUAUCUGAAAUGAAUUCGGAUUCAGAGCUUUACCCAACCUACCAGGUCAAAAAGAAGCGCAAAAGGUUAGGUAGAACUUCACCAAGCUCUUCAAGUGACAUCAUAUCUUCAGUAGGAGACAGCAUUGAAUCGGGCCCUCUUAGUGAUAUCCUUUCUGACGAAGAACUUUGCACAUCCUCAUCUAGCAUGAAAAGGUUCCUAGAAGAUAGGCCACGAAAGCCAUCAGUAUGUCAUGUUUCUGAUAAAAAUGAAAUAACUCUCACAAAUAAAUCAGCUUUGAUACAACAGCUGAUGGAAGAUAUACAACACCAAGAGAAUAAUGAAAUCGUAUGGGAAAAAAUGGAGGGGUUUGUAAGCAAGUUGGAUGAAUUCAUUAAAUGGUUAAAUGAAGCCAUGGAAACCACAGAAAACUGGACUCCUCCAAAAGCCGAGACCGACAGUCUUAAACUCUACCUGGAAACACACUUGAGUUUUAAACUGAAUGUAGACAGCCACUGUGCAUUAAAGGAAGCUGUUACAGAAGAAGGAUGUCAACUUCUCGAUCUUAUAGUAUCUCACAAAUCAGGACUGAAGGACAUGCUGCAGAUGAUUGCAAGUCAGUGGAAGGAACUACAGAAACAAAUCAAACGACAACACAGCUGGAUUCUUAGGGCUCUGCGUAUCAUCAAAGCAGAGAUACUGGCUACUGAUGUGUCUGCAACGGAUGAGGAAGGGACUGAGAGCCCCAAGGCAGAGGUUCAGUUAUGCUUUCUGGAAGCACAAAGAGAUGCUGUUGAGCAGAUGUCCUUAAAACUAUACAGUGAGCAGUACAACAGUGGCAGCAAUCGAAAGGAAGAAUUUGCGGAUAUGUCAAAAGUUCACACAGUGGGAAGUAAUGGCCUUUUGGACUUUGAUUCAGAAUACCAGGAGCUCUGGGAUUGGCUGAUUGACAUGGAAUCCAUAGUGAUCGACAGCCAUGACCUGAUGAUGUCAGAGGAGCAGCAGCUGCAUCUUUACAAGCGGUACAGUGUAGAAAUGUCAAUCAGACAUCCCAAAAAGAUGGAAUUGCUGAGUAAAGUGGAAGCUCUGAAGAGAAGUGAUGUUUUACUACCAAGUGAUCUCCUUGAAAAAGUGGAUUCAAUUAAUGAAAAAUGGGAACUGCUUGGGAAAACUCUACAAGAGAAGAUUCAAGAAUCACUGGUGGGGCACAGUGGGUUAGGAGCACGUGACUUGCUUUCCCCUGAAAGUGGCAACCUAGUAAGGCAGCUGGAGGUCAGAAUCAAAGAAUUGAAAGGGUGGCUGAGAGAUACUGAGCUUUUUAUCUUCAAUUCCUGUCUGAGGCAAGAAAAUGAAGGAACAAUGAAUGCGGAGAAGCAACUGCAGUACUUUAAGUCUCUGUGCUGUGAAAUCAAGCAGAGGCGUCGAGGGGUAGGCUCAGUGUUACGUUUGUGCCAACACCUCCUUGAUGAUCAGGAUACCUGUAAUCUGAAUGCGGACCAUCAGUCGAUGCAGCUGAUAAUUGUAAAUCUUGAAAGAAGGUGGGAAGCUAUCAUCAUGCAAGCAGUCCAAUGGCAAACUAGAUUGCAGAAGAAGUUGGCAAAGCAUCCAGACUCCCUGAAUGUUAUUGAACCUGGUUUAAUGGAGCUAAAUAGCACAAGUGAAGAUGCUCUAGAAUGGGAUGAAAUGGAUAUAAGUAAUAAGUUAAUUAGUAUUAAUGAAGAAUUUACUGAACCUGAACCAAAACAAGAUGACACAAAGCUGAAUUCUCCACCUGAAAUAUCUGAUAAUGGUAAUCCAAAACAAGAAGGAGCCCCUAACAUUCAUGAAGACAAUCUCUGUGAUCCAAGAGUGCCAUCUUCUUCAGGCCCAAAGGUCUAUCAAGUAUAUAGUCUCCACAAUGUUGAAUUAUCCAGAAAAAAUCAUAUAUCUCUCAUGAAAAACACAUCAAAAGAUUCCAGUCUUACACCUUCAACUACUGCAAAUAAAGACACAAGUAAAGAUUCUUCCUUAUCUAUAAAAUAUUUGCCAGAUUUACUGUGUAGCACCACAUUGGCAAAACCGCAGAAUUAUAUGUAUCAUGGUGGAAACAUUACCAGGCACUCUGAAAGUCAGAAUAAAGUAAUCAGUGAAAAAAAGCCAAAAGCUGUCAGUAACUCUGAAAUCCAAUUGUUUUCUGAUACUGAUGGAAUACAAGAUAAUUCUAUGCCUAAUAUUUCAGAUUCUGACCUAGGGAAUAUAGUUGAUGUGAUAAAACAAAAUUUUAAGCAGAAAGAUGAAGAAAGCCUUGAUAAUGUCACUACAUCUGAACCAAAGUUUAGUAACAAAACAAAAGAUGUAGACAAUGGUGCCCAUCAUGAUUCUGUGAGUGCAGAAGAAUUACAAGGAAAACACAAUGCUUUUACAUUUUAUGACUAUUCAUAUCUUCAAGGUUCAAAAUUAAAGCUACCACGGAUAAUAAAGCAACCACCAUCAGAAAAAGCACAUAAGCAGAGCAACUUGCUUCAUGGCUUUUAUUUUGAUAAAGUUCCCUUUAUAUCUGGAAAUCAGCCUGGGGACUUAAAAUCAUGUACGGAAAAGCUUGCUUUACCAAUCGACUGGAAUGAUGCUGAUCCUAAACACACGGAGUUUGUGGAAGAUUUAAAGAAACUAUGUGACACAACAAAUGGGAAAGUGCUUUCAACUCUAUCUCAUAGCUCUUCUUUGGAUUCCCUUUCUUUGACAAGUGAUUUGUUUGGUUUAACUGUUUUUAGAAGUGGAGACAGUCUUAAUCGUAGCACUUCCUUAGAGAGCUGGCUAAAUCCCUACAAAAGCAAUGAAGAUCUUUUUAGUGGUAAUGGCUCCGGUGACCUAAGUGGAAGUAGUGAUUCUGUUGGAGAACUCAGUAAAAGGACGUUAGAUCUUUUGAAUCGCUUAGAAAAUAUCCAAAGUCCUUUAGAUCAAAAAAUAAAGCGUAGCAUCUCUGAUAUCACCCUCCAAAGCACUUCUCAAAGAAUGUCCUUGACUGGACAAGUAUCCCUGGAUAUUGCCUCCUCAAUCAAUGAAGAUUCACCUGCUUCUCUCACUGAGUUAAGCAGCAGUGAUGACCUGUCUCUCUGCUCUGAAGAUAUUAUAAUGCACAGAAACAAAGUACUAGAUUCAAAUGCAUCAUUCAGAAAGCACCUCAAUUGUUCUGUUGCUGAUGAGAGUGAUACCAACGUUAGCAUGAUUGUUAAUGUUUCCUGUACCUCCACUUGCACUGAUGAUGAAGAUGAUAGUGAUUUGUUAUCAAGUUCUACUCUCACCUUGACUGAGGAAGAGCUGGGCAUGAAAGAUGAAGAUGAUGAUUCCAGUAUUGCAACUGAUGAGGAUAUUUAUGAAGAUUCCAAUUUAAUGUCAGGACUUGACUACAUUAAGAAGGAACUUCACACUUGGAUUAGACCUAAAUUAUACCUGACGAAGGAGAAGAGGAGACAGCGUGUGGAUGAUGAAAUUCAGGGCUGUAAGGAGUUAAGAGGUGGUGAGACUUUGAAACCAAAAGAUUCAUUGAACAUUGAACAAUUUUUGAGUGAUUCCAUAUGUAAACUUUCACAAAAUAAUGGCCACAGGAAGAAUGUAUUGGAGAAUCAUAUGUCAGAGACAAAAAGACAAGCAAAAAAUGAAGGUUUUCAGCCUUUGCAAGGUUGCUUAGUAGAUGAUAUGGAGAAUGGAAAUGUUGCAGUUACUCAAGAAAGUCUAAAUGGGCAACAUAUUUCAACAUCUGCCAUAACUGUUAGUACAUUAGAUAGGAAAGAGAAUGAAAAUGAAGAUUGUGUCUGUGAAUCAUUUACUGAUAGUUCAAAAGAUUCUCAUAUUAACAGUAAAGAAGAUGUUCAACUACCAAAUAUAACCAGCCCUCAAAAAGAGUAUCAAAAUCAUAUUCAGUAUGAUGACCAGUGUAUUAAAAAUCUUAUCACAGAAUUUGACUCAAAUGUCAAAGAAGACAGUACACCAGGUACAGCAUUACUAAUAUUGCCUCCAAGUUAUCAACAAAGUAAAUCAGGAAUUAGUGAGACUGUUACUGAUUGCUGUGCAUGUUUAAAAUCAAAUGAAGCAGAAAAAAACACAUCAGCUAGCAGUCAUGAUUCAUGUUGCAACUGUGAAUCAGUUGCUUUUGAUAAAAGAAAUGGGGAAGAUUGCUCAGUGCAUAAUUUUGUGAUGGAGAUAAUUGACAUGGCUUCCACAGCCUUGAAGAACAAAUCACAGCCUGAAAGUGAGCCAGCUGUUCCACCUUCAUUAGCCCAGAUCAAAGAAAAGGUUCUAGAACAUUCUCACAGGCCAAUCCAACUUAGAAAGGGGGAUUUUUAUUCUUACCUUUCACUCUCUUCUCAUGAUAGUGACUGUGGGGAAGUAACUAAAUAUGUUGAAGAAAAAAGCAGUACUCCGGUUCCAUUGGAUUUUGCAGAAAACAUUGAAUGCUUUUUUGAAGCCUGUCCUGAGGAAGAACGAGUUGAACAGCAGAUGUAUAUUCUUCCUAAUGAAGCUGAGGCAACUUUGGUCAAGCACAAGGAUUUGAAUUUAAUAGAUGAACACCAAACAUCUACCAAUUGUAACAGCUUUUCUUUUUUAUCUAAGGAGAUGGGUACAAAUCCUCCAGGCACUUUUAGCAAAACAGGAUCAGAGAAUAUAAAAAAUAAUCCUGAUGAAUCUUUUGAUCAAGAGACCACUAACAAAGGUCCAGUUUUGAAUUCUUUUCCAAAUGACUCUAUAGAAAACCAUCCAGGUCAGUCCUUUGGCACUGCAAAAUCUGAAGAAGAUUUUGCCACCCCUUUGAAGGCCUUAAUUAAAGCCACCCAGUUAAAACCUGAUCACUUGAAAGGCAAAGAAGUUAAGCACCCAAACCCAAAAACUCUUGUAUGUGAAGAAAAACUCCUGCCUCUUUACAGAGAAAGGCACAUAAAUACAAAGAGAUAGAAUGCAACUGUCCCUGGACUCAUCCGUGUUAUUUCAUGAGCAGAAACUUGGCUGCAUUUCAGAUGUAGGCUUAUCCUCUAAACCCUGAGAUGACCUCUAAUUCCAUUGUAUCACUGCCUUUUGUUACACUUGACUCCCAAGAUAAAUUUUCUUUCCAAAUGUUAUUUGUACAUGUUGGCUUUGUAACCAGGUUGCAUAUGCUGGAGCAAUUUCAGUUAUCAUUUGGCUUUGUAGAAAAACGGUUUUCUUUCAUAUGGGUUUAUAUGUCGAGCUACCUCUUUAACAACUUUCUUUUCAAAUAUGUAUGCUUCUGUAUGAUAUCUCAUCCACUAAUAUUUUAAUGAUUUUGCAAUUGCACAGUUUCUGUGAUCAUUUCAAGUCAUCAUUUCAGAACUGCACAUGUUAUCAAUUAUCCCGUUUUAUGUAUCAAAUUUGGUAUUUUAUGUGUACAACCCAUAUUGUUUAUUGAAAGUAUUUUAGAAAGGAAAUUUUUGAUUGUAGCAAAAAGGAAACAAUUGCUCCUGAGUCAAAAAGAACCAGUUAGACAAAGUAAAUAUAAAUGUAUCCUUUUGCUUUUUCUAACAGACAAAACAAAACUAUGCAACACUUCAAGAAACAGCUAUGUAGUGUUGUAUAUUAAGAAUUGUUAACAUUGUACUAAAUUAAAUAAAACAUUUUGGUUUUCUACUAUGCUUCUUGAGGUGGUAAUCAGAAAAGAACCCCACAUUUUAAAAAAAUGGUGCCUUGCUGUAUUUCUUAUAACAUUUAUUAAAAAGUUGCUUUCACAGUAAAAUUACGUUCAUUUGAAAGAAGGAAAUAGCAAGGUGUGAAUCGUUUCUGUAUAUAUGUAUAACCAAGUGCAAACAUUGAUGUACAAUGACAGUAUAAAAU